AUGUCUGCCUCCCCACCGCCGGCCUCGUCUCGACUGAAGCCGCCUGCUUCCGUACAGGUGAAGAACCGGCGGAAGCGAUUCCUGGAUCAGCACCCAGAGUAUUUUUCUGCUGAUCUCGAGAUGGCUGGUCCGCGCGCUCCUUCUCGCUUGCACUCUGACACACCCGCCGAGAGAGAAUCCGAGGGACGCGCCAAAGGCUUCUCCGGCAUAUUGCAAGCCGAUCUCCUUCGAUCAGAGGCGAAGAUGGACGCCCUUGCCCAUCCUGAUCCGAAUGCAAUGCUGAGCUACAGGCAAGGGCCAAAUGGCGAAAUUGUGGCCGAAGACGAGGAGGACAUACCGGCCAACAAGGAAGAAGGGGAGAAGCGCUGGCGCUGGGAGAUGGAGAUGCGUUUUCUCAAGGGCGCUGAUUACGAUUUUGAAUAUGAAAAAGUCGAUGAAAAUGACGAAUACGAUGACUGGAAUGAGGAGCAAGAACGCUAUUUCGAUGGCGAGGAGCCCGAAUGGAUCAUUAGCGAAGAUCGGGAUGGCAAGGAUUCGGCAGAUAACCUGGAAGGGGAAACUGGAAUACAAGACUUUUGA